AUCAUAUAAAGAUGUUUGCAUAAAUAGAGCAUUUUACCAAAAGAAUGGCUCAGUCCACCACUAACUAAUGUGAAAUUAUUUUUCAUCGUUUAGUCCCAAUAUAUCAAUCUCGUUCAAAAUGUUCAAAUUUGUUACUCAACUAUUAGUAUUUUUAAUCACAGUUUCAGUGACAGUUAAUGUCCAACUUUGUGGCAACCAAAAUCAACAAACAGUGGACGAAGCUUUCAUUGAAAGUGAAAUAGUUAAAGAUCUAGAAAUAAAAUUACCAAGCGAUGGAUUGGACUUGAUUGAAGUUACUUAUCCAAACGCAAUUUGCAGGGAAAGUGUAUCUUGUGGGAAUGAAUUGAAAUCAUUUCAAACACUAGAGGAGCCCAUUAUUAAGUAUCCAUCGGAAUCAAAUACAUUAUACACUUUUAUGAUGCUCGAUCCUGACGCACUCAGUCCAGCUGCACCAACUUUACGAUCCUACAUUCAUUGGAUGGUUAUUAAUGUGGAACGUGAUGAUCUCAAGUCGGGAUCUACUAUCCAUUCGUACAUUGCUCCAACACCAACUCCGCUUUUAGGUGCACAUCGCUACGUUUUCAUGGUAUUCGAACAACCCGAAAAAUUCGCUGUUGGAUCGGAUGCAAUUGUUUUAGAGAGAAACAAUUUUAAUGUUGCUGAAUGGGCUGAACGGAAUAGAGUAUUUGGUCCAAUUGCUGGGAAUUAUUUCUUAGAAAAGCUUCCAUAAAAUCUAGAAAUCCAACAAUCAUAGGGAAAUAAUUAUUUAAUUUCAAGUUAAAUUAUCAUUCAAAUCAUCAACAGUUUGAUAAUACUAAACACUAAAUGUAUCUUAUUUGGCAAAAGCUGUAAACUAUUGUGUGAAAUCAACUAUCAAAUGAAAUAAAUAAUAUAAGGAUGCACUUUGGUCGAA